AUGUCUGAAACUAUUGAAGGUAACGUCAAAAUCGACAGAUUGGCCUCAGGUGACGGCUCGUCUUUCCCAAAGGCUGGCGACUUGGUGACCAUUCACUACACUGGUACUUUGGAGAACGGCCAAAAAUUCGACUCUUCUGUCGACAGAGGCUCUCCAUUCCAAUGCAACAUCGGUGUCGGCCAAGUCAUCAAGGGCUGGGACGUUGGUAUUCCUAAGCUUUCCGUGGGCGAAAAGGCCAGACUAACCAUCCCAGGCCCAUACGCUUACGGUCCUCGUGGUUUCCCAGGUUUGAUCCCACCUAACGCCACUUUGGUCUUCGACGUCGAAUUGUUGAAAAUCAACUAG